GAAUAAUAUCGUUCCCCGAACGCAUGGUUAUCUCCGAAUAUGUUUUUGUGGAAUAUAAUAUUCGGCAAUGGUUUGCAAUACGGGGAAUCCGUCGCUGAUGAAUCUACAUUUUUGGAAUAAUGUGGUAUAACAGAGCGGGAAUGACAAAAAGAACGAGGUACCGGGACUGGAGAUGGCAGGCUCUGUGGUGGAAUCAUUUCUUCCUCUUGUGGAAUACAAUAGACGGACAGACGCGCUACACCAUCCCGGAGGAACUAAAGCAGGGCUCCGUGGUCGGACAUUUAGCCAAAGAUCUGGGUUUGGGAUUAUCAGAGAUUUUCGACCGUAAACUGCGCGUCGCCUCGGAGGCUGGUGAGCAGUAUUUCAGCGUGGACACGGGGAAGGGUGAGCUGGUGGUGAACGAGAGGAUAGACAGAGAGGCGUUGUGCGGACAAAGCGCGAGCUGUAUAUUGCCACUUCAAGUUGUCAUUGAAGACCCAUUACAGCUUCAUCGGGUCGAAGUUGAAAUACAGGACAUCAAUGAUAAUUCGCCAAGGUUUUCAUCCAACGAGGUGACUUUAGAUAUAGCAGAAUCCACCGCGAUAGGGAUACGCUUCCCUUUAGAAAGCGCAUUAGACCCAGAUGUUGGGAUUAAUUCGUUGAAGUCGUAUACUCUUAGCAAAGAUGAUUGCUUUAGUAUAAAGGUUAACGAUGUGGCUGGAGGAAGGAAAGUUCCGGAGUUGGUCCUUGCAAAGCAAUUGGACAGAGAAAGAAAACCCUUACACAGACUAAUAUUAACAGGCCUCGACGGAGGUAAUCCUGUGAGAUCUGGUUCAACUCAGAUCACUAUUAAAGUGCUAGACAUCAAUGACAACGUCCCGGUUUUUGAGAAAACGAUUUACAAAGUAUCUAUAAGCGAAGAUACAGUGGAAGGCACGAUGAUAGCACAGACUAAAGCGACAGAUAUUGACGACGGACAAAACGGAGAAAUUGAAUAUUCAUUCGGAUCACACACACAGGAAAACGUGCUUUCUGUGUUCAACAUCGAUGCGAUCUCGGGACAAAUAUCUCUUAAAGGGAAACUAGAUUAUGAAUCGAAAUCAAACUACGAAAUUGACGUAACCGCUAAAGAUAAAGGUAACCCCAGAAUGGAUGGACACUGCAGUGUACACGUGGACCUUUUAGACGUGAAUGACAAUGCCCCGGAGAUUAUCUUCACCUCGCAGCCGAAGCCUGUGCGUGAAGACGCGGCGGCUGGCACUGUUGUUGCGUUACUAAGUGCCAGGGAUCUUGAUUCUGGUAAUAACGGUAAAGUAGUCUUAAAUCUGCCUAAAUCCUCACCUUUCAGCUUGAAACCUUCCUUCUCGAAUAGUUACGCACUAGUUACUAGCAAUGUUGUCGACAGGGAGAGCGUCUCAUUGUAUAAUCUAGAAAUAACUGCAACUGAUUCAGGCUCCCCCCCUCUGACCAAUAAGACAAUAAUAACCGUCAGCAUAACUGAUAUAAACGAUAAUCCCCCUAUUUUCUCCCAGCAGUCCUAUAAUAUUUAUACAAAAGAAAAUGGGAAACCAGGCUCUAUAUUGUUCUCUGUAACAGCAACUGAUCUAGAUUAUGGGGAAAACGCCAAGCUGUCCUACUCCAUCCUGGACUCUAAAGUGCAGGACGUGUCUGUGUCCUCCUACGUCUACAUCAACUCGGAGAACGGCAGCAUCUACAGCAUGCACUCCUUUGACUAUGAGAAACUGAAGGUGUUUCAGAUUCAGGUGCAGGCAAAGGACCACGGUUCUCCGUCUCUGAGCAGCAACGCUACUGUUCAUGUUUUUAUUCUGGACCAGAACGAUAACGCCCCCUCUGUUAUCUACCCCUCCUCCGCUGUCCACGGCUCCCUCUCUCAGCAGAGGACGUCCCGCUCCUCCAAAGCAGGCCACUUGGUUACCAAGGUAACAGCUGUAGAUGCCGACUCGGGGCAUAACGCCUGGAUCUCCUAUAGACUGGCAGAGGCCACAGACGCCUCUCUGUUCGCUGUCAACCUUUACACAGGGGAGGUGAGGACUAAACGGGCUGUGUCUGAGCAGGACGACUCCUCUCAGAGACUGCUCAUAGAGAUUAAGGACGACGGGGAUCCGGUUCGGUCCACCACCGUCACCGUGUCCGUCCUGUUAGAGGACGGUCUCCACGAGCCCAUUCUGGACCUCAGACACAAGACGGACGAUUCUCACAAGAAAACGGGGAGAAUGGCUCUGUAUCUGAUCCUCUCCCUGGCCUCAGUGUCUGUGCUCUCUCUGGUGACUUUCCUCAUUCUAGCUGUUAAGUGUCUUAAGAGCAGCAGAAGCAGUGGUAGCUGCUGCAUGAGACGGAGCGACAGUGAGGACUACAAGAACCCCAACAGAAACCUCCAACUCCAGCUCAACACUGACGGGCCUAUUAAGUACGUGGAGGUCCUGGGAGGAGACAUGAUGUCUCAGAGUCAGUCCUUCAGGUCCUGUCUCUCUCCCACGUCAGAGUACAGUGACUUCACCUUCGUUAAACCCAGCAGCACCACAGACUUUAAAGACAUGAUCAACGUCUUAGACGCCUCUUUACCUGACAGCACCUGGACCUUUGAGAGCCAGCAGGUGAGCAUCAAUUGAGCACAAACGUAUGUGAUUUUAUAUA